CAGCAGACUAACUACACUUUAAUAGCAAUUCGAAAGGGAAAAUCAGUCGGGUUUAGUGGACAGACUGGAAAAAGACGCAUUUUUAUUCGGAGCUCAGAAAUGGAGGAGCAUAACAUCGGACGGAUUUUGGUUCUUCUUCUCUCUGUGUUGGUUUAUCUCAUUACUUUGACCAUCAACGCUUUGGCUGGAUCGGGGAAAGGACCGUUUUUACACAGAACAGGAAAUGUGUCAGCUCUGUAUAAGACAGAAAUCACCCCCGCUGGCUGGACCUUCUCCAUAUGGGGGAUUAUCUACUCCUGGCUUCUGCUGAUGAACCUGUAUUUUUUGAGCUGCAUCUGCAGACGGACUACCACUGGAUGGAUGUAUUGUAGUCCUGCUGUACUUCCUUACGGCUUUUUCCUCUCCUGGAUGAUUAACAUGCUCCUGAACAUCACCUGGCUCCUGUUAUGGGAUCGAGAGUUGAUGAUUCCAGCACUAAUAUGUUUAGCGCUGAUUGCGUUCACCAGUUACCUUCUGAUCUUCUUCUCCUGUGUUGGUUUGCGAGCUCACGGAGCCUGGCUCAAACAGAACCAUCUCACAGAUCUCUGCUGCAUCUAUGUGCUGGUUCAGAACAGUAUCGCCGCUUACGCAACAUGGACGACUAUAGCUACACUCCUCAACUUAACCGUCGUGCUGGAUAUCAAUUCCAUGUCCCCCACCAACGCGGCCACUGUGUCUCUGUGUCUUCUACUGUUAGAAGUUAUUGUGUGGUUUGUUCUUGAGAACUUUGUGAUUGAGAAACAUGUGCGCUACAUUCUGACCGUCUACCCCGUCAUCAUCUUCGCUCUGAGUGGAAGCCUGAGCAAACACUAUGAUGCAGCAGAUCCGGGCAGAAACGCUGUGUUUUCAGCUGUUCUCUUGGCGAUGGCCUGCGUUUUCUUCCUGGUCCGACUUUUUCUGGUGGUUUGGAGACACCGUACUCAUCCUCUCUUCCAAGACGGGAGCGCUGAAGGGCUAAUGACUUCUGUCCACACUACAGAGGAGUAGCAGGGUGGCUGUUAAUACAGUGGAUGAAACACCAAAGCCUUUUCCUGACCCUGUUCCAUUGUAACGAAACCCAGCCUUUAACACUAAUACAUGAUGUGCCAUGAUGAUGAUGUAUGCCACAUAUUCCUUAUUCAUGUUCAGUAACCAUAUGAACCUGAAACUGCUUUGAUACACGGCCAAAACAUACAUUCAUACAGGGCCGUGAGAAAAUAUUUGCUCAGACUUAUUUCGGGCAUUUUUUUUACUCACUUUCCCACACUGAGUCGGCUCGGAUCAUUUGAGAAGAAGAGUAACGAAGAGGCCGUAUUUUUAGCGUUGAAUAAUUCCACGUGAAAUCUAGUACGCUAAACUAGCAAUUCUUUUCAUGUUAUAACUCUCCUUAUGUUUGAGCCAGGAUGUCGAAUUGAUUCAUUGUAAUCUUAUCAAGUUCUGAAACAUUUCCAUUUUUUAUUCCCUUGGCAGGACAUGCAUGUGUCCAGUCCAAAACUCUAAACAAUAAUCUAAGCAUAGAGCAUAAGGUCUUUGAUUAAGAGUCCAACAAUGGCGCUCUGGCAAUGAAAGGGUUCUCAAUUACUGUGGAAAUACAUUCAUCAAGAUUGUUUUUCUUGAAGAUGUUCUCACUUGAGUCACAACGAGUGUCGCAAUGGUUCAUGAAGUUGGUGCGGAAAGAAUAAUUCAUUCUCGCGUGAAUUAUUAUACACAUAAAAAAUAUGUACAUUCAUACAUAGGUCAUGGUGGCUUUGUGUUCAGCAUGUUUGCCUUGCGCCUCAAAUAGAGUUUACAUGAGCCCCCCAACCCCCCUUGCUUUGGAGGUUUCCUGUGUGAUCUUCAGUUUCCUCCUUCAGUCCCAUCACAUGUGUAUUCAUUUUACAACAGAUUAAUGACGCACGCUGCACAAAUUGCACAGCACCUCAGCGAUGUUUAUUAGUCUCAUUAGGGUUUAUUUCUUACAUGUCAUUUUGUUUAUUUCUGAUUUUCUUUUUCAUGUUAAAUGAGAUCACUAAUACCAGCUUAUCAUAUUAACUCUAACGGGUUUACUAUUAAACUGUGUAUUUGUUUACAGAAACUUAAAUAAGGAUUCUUGUAUCAGAAAAAUGAAACAUUUGACCAUUACAAGGCGCUGACACUGGAGACUCAUUCCAGUAAGUGUCUUGUUAUAGAAAGCGUAAUAUGAUUAAUAGUUACACAUUUAUAAAAGCUGUGUUAAUGUUAUUACUAUAGAAAUAAUAAGGUAUUAGACCGUGUGCAUUAAUAUAAACCUGAGAUUUGCCUUGAAGCCAGAAUGUACUAAAAUAAGUCAUGAUUGGAUGCUUUAAUACAUUUGUAAUACUGUGUGAAUAAUAUUAUUUUAUAAACGUUGAAUA